AUGCAAGCAUGUCCAUUAAAUUCCAAAGAUUUGUUAAAAUUACGAUGUCGAUUUCGUACUGGACAGUAUACUUUGAGUGAUUUAACUUCCGAUUCAACCAUCAAUGAACUACUUCAAACAAUUACCUCACUUGUAGGUGUUACACAAUCUCGUAUAUCACUUUAUUAUGGUUAUCCUCCCCAAAAGUUGGAUUGUAGCAUUUCAAGUCUUAGUAAACAUCUCUGGGAGAUCCCUCUUCGUUCGGGUGACAUGCUUACUGUUGAUGUAACGGAAGAAAAACCAACAAAUGUCAGCUCACAAACUGGAAGUCAUCAACCUCAUGAACAUGAAAUAGUCACUAAUAAACAAUCUGAAUCACAUAUUGUCCGAUUAUCUGCACCAUCUGAUAAUUCUUGUCUAUUUACAAGUGUUCUUUUCUGUAUGAAUAAUGAAGACAAUCAUUUAAAAAUUGGUACAGAAGUUGUAACAAAUAUUGCUGAAGUCAGUAAUUUAAGAGAAUUAAUUUCCGGUAUUGUGUUAAGCGAUCCAGUCAAGUAUUCUGAAGCAUUCCUCGGGAUGUCAAAUGAACAAUAUUCACUUCAAAUUAGACAAUCAGAUAAAUGGGGUGGAGGUAUUGAAGUAUCAAUUUUAUCACAAUUAUAUAAAAUUGAAAUAUGUAUUGUAGAUAUUGAAUCAUGUCGAAUUGAUCGUUUUGGUGAAGAUCAAAAUUAUCCUAAAAGAAUUUUAUUAAUUUAUGAUGGUAUACAUUAUGAUCCAUUAGCACAAGAAUGUCCAAAUCGUAAUUGUUUAAUAACUGUAUUUUCAUCAAAUAAUGACUCAAUUCUUUUUGAAGCUCAACAAUUAGCAUCAAAAGCUCGUGCUGAAUGGGCAUUCACUGAUCUUUCAUCAUUUACAUUACUCUGUCGACAAUGUGAUGCACCAUUAAUUGGUCAAGAAGCUGCACAAAAACAUGCACAAUUAACAGGUCAUACACAAUUUAGAGAAAUUUUACAUUAA